CAGUCAUUACAGCUGGAUUAACCCCUUCCCUGCCUGGGAGAUCUGACAGUGCCAGUCACAUAGCUCAGUCAGCCUGGGCUGGGUUUUCUCUCCCAGAGACCCUGCAGCAAGGCACAAGUAAUCCCUGUCAGACCCUAAACUGAUACAGUAACAAUUCUCACAACUGCACUGUAGCAAUGUAUCACUGCAUUAACCCUUUAAUACCCAGGCAUGUUUCAUCACUCCCAUCCCAUCCCCCUUUGAUUACUGCAAAUGUUAGAUCAUCGGCAUUCAAAGGGUUAACUGACAGGCUCCUAAACCUGUGUCCCACCAGCUCCUUCAGGGGUCCUACAACCUGAUGAUUCUUUGUUAACUAGUCUCUGCAGAGGGGGUUAAUCCAGCCCAGGUAUGUUUGCAGUACACACCUCACUCCUCCCUCUCUGAAGAGCAGGAGCUGAGAGCUUCCUGGACAGAGGUGAGCUGGCAGGAUCUUCUCCCCUCUCUGGGGUCAUCCAGGGGUAGGUGUUUGUAUAAUCCAUCUGGCUUUCUGGGGGCAAUGAUUAAGGGGGUUAGGGAGAGGGGUGUCCCUAAAACUGCUGCCAUGUGAGGGGGAGGACAUGGGGCAGGGAGGAAUUACACAGGGCAGAUCUGGGGGUAGUUGCAGAGAAGGGGUUACUGGGCAGAGAGGGUUAGAGAGUGCAGGGACCUGGGUACUCCAAGAGUGGCAGCAAGUAGCCCAGGGGACAGUGUUAGAUGCAACACAGGAAGGAAUCCCUGGGGAAGUGACAGGAGAGGGGGGGGCUGGAGGAUUAAGGAUUGUGACAGCUACAUGUUUAAAUGGACGUUGGCAGAGGGGGCACACGGAGGGUGGUAUAGUGCAAGGCAGGGGGCAGACAGACACAGUCCCAGAACUGACAUAACAAACACAGGCACCAAAACUGCAGGGCACAAAGUUAUUGUAAAAUCCAGAGAAGUGACCCAGGUCAGGGGUACAAGGUUCAGGAUCCAAAAUCCAAAUCUGGGAGAGGGAAUGGUUCAGGAUAUAUGGCAGCUUCAACUCCAGAAACAUUAGCAUUUAUCAGCUGCCAUGUUUGUGAACCAGAGCCCUCCUUCAAAAUAUAGUGUACAUACAGAACCAGGCACUUCACAGAACUGGAAUACUUUGUAAAACCAGGGAUUAGAAUACAUUAUAGAUACAGAACCCUGGACUAGAAUACAUUAUAGAUACAGAACCCUGGACUAGAAUACGUUAUAGAUACAGAACCCUGGACUAGAAUACUUUAUAGACACAGAACCCUGGACUAGAAUACAUUAUAGACACAGAACCCUGGACUAGAAUACAUUAUAGAUACAGAACCCUGGACUAGAAUACUUUAUAGAUACAGAAUCCUGGACUAGAAUACAUUAUAGAUACAGAACCCUGGACUAGAAUACAUUAUAGAUACAGAACCCUGGACUAGAAUAUGUUAUAGAUACAGAACCCUGGACUAGAAUACAUUAUAGAUACAGAACCCUGGACUAGAAUACAUUAUAGACACAGAACCCUGGACUAGAAUACUUUAUAGACACAGAACCCUGGACUAGAAUACAUUAUAGACACAGAACCCUGGACUAGAAUACAUUAUAGAUACAGAACCCUGGACUAGAAUACUUUAUAGAUACAGAAUCCUGGACUAGAAUACAUUAUAGAUACAGAACCCUGGACUAGAAUACAUUAUAGAUACAGAACCCUGGCCUAGAAUACAUUAUAGAUACAGAACCCUGGACUAGAAUACAUUAUAGAUACAGAACCCUGGACUAGAAUACAUUAUAGAUACAGAACCCUGGACUAGAAUACAUUAUAGACACAGAACCCUGGACUAGAAUACAUUAUAGACACAGAACCCUGGACUAGAAUACAUUAUAGACACAGAACCCUGGACUAGAAUACAUUAUAGACACAGAACCCUGGACUAGAAUACAUUAUAGAUACAGAACCCUGGACUAGAAUACAUUAUAGAUACAGAACCCUGGACUAGAAUACAUUAUAGAUACAGAACCCUGGACUAGAAUACAUUAUAGAUACAGAACCCUGGACUAGAAUACAUUAUAGAUACAGAACCCUGGACUAGAAUACAUUAUAGAUACAGAACCCUGGACUAGAAUACAUUAUAGAUACAGAACCCUGGACUAGAAUACUUUAUAGAUACAGAACCCUGGACUAGAAUACUUUAUAGACACAGAACCCUGGACUAGAAUACUUUAUAGAUACAGAAUCCUGGACUAGAAUACAUUAUAGACACAGAACCCUGGACUAGAAUACAUUAUAGAUACAGAACCCUGGACUAGAAUACAUUAUAGAUACAGAACCCUGGACUAGAAUACAUUAUAGACACAGAACCCUGGACUAGAAUACAUUAUAGACACAGAACCCUGGACUAGAAUACAUUAUAGACACAGAACCCUGGACUAGAAUACAUUAUAGACACAGAACCCUGGACUAGAAUACAUUAUAGACACAGAACCCUGGACUAGAAUACAUUAUAGAUACAGAACCCUGGACUAGAAUACAUUAUAGACACAGAACCCUGGACUAGAAUAUGUUAUAGAUACAGAACCCUGGCCUAGAAUACAUUAUAGAUACAGAACCCUGGACUAGAAUACUUUAUAGAUACAGAACCCUGGACUAGAAUACAUUAUAGACACAGAACCCUGGACUAGAAUACAUUAUAGAUACAGAACCCUGGACUAGAAUACAUUAUAGACACAGAAUCCUGGACUAGAAUACAUUAUAGAUACAGAACCCUGGACUAGAAUACUUUAUAGAUACAGAACCCUGGACUAGAAUACUUUAUAGAUACAGAACCCUGGACUAGAAUACUUUAUAGACACAGAACCCUGGACUAGAAUACUUUAUAGAUACAGAAUCCUGGACUAGAAUACAUUAUAGACACAGAAUCCUGGACUAGAAUACAUUAUAGAUACAGAACCCUGGACUAGAAUACAUUAUAUACACAGAACCCUGGACUAGAAUACAUUAUAGAUACAGAACCCUGGACUAGAAUACUUUAUAGAUACAGAACCCUGGACUAGAGUACAUUAUAGAUACAGAACCCUGGACUAGAAUACAUUAUAGACACAGGACCCUGGACUAGAAUACAUUAUAGACACAGACCCUGGACUAGAAUACAUUAUAGAUACAGAAUACCCCUGGACUAGAAUACUUUAUAGACACAGAACCCUGGACUAGAAUACUUUAUAGACACAGAACCCUGGACUAGAAUACUUUAUAGACACAGGACUCUGGACUAGAAUACUUUAUAGAUACAGGACCCUGGACUAGAAUACAUUAUAGAUACAGAACCCUGGACUAGAAUACUUUAUAGAUACAGAACCCUGGACUAGAAUACUUUAUAGAUACAGAACCCUGGACUAGAAUACUUUAUAGAUACAGAACCCUGGACUAGAAUACAUUAUAGAUACAGAACCCUGGACUAGAAUACUUUAUAGAUACAGAACCCUGGACUAGAAUACUUUAUAGAUACAGAACCCUGGACUAGAAUACUUUAUAGAUACAGAACCCUGGACUAGAAUACUUUAUAGAUACAGAACCCUGGACUAGAAUACAUUAUAGAUACAGAACCCUGGACUAGAAUACAUUAUAGACACAGAACCCUGGACUAGAAUACUUUAUAGACACAGAACCCUGGACUAGAAUAUUUUAUAGAUACAGAACCAGACAUUGGAAUACUUUUGUAAAACCCUGGACUAGAAUAGUCUGUAAAACAAGAGACCAGAAUAUUUUGUGCAUACAGAACCAGGCACUAGAAUGCUUUGUAAAUAAUCAGGGACUGGAAUCAUUUGCAAAAACAGAACCAUGGGGGCAAGAAUACAUUGUAGAUACAAUGCAAUUUCAGAAUUAGUGGGGCUUGAACGGAUCUUUCUAUAGUCCCCAUAGUUUUCAUAAUAUCGUCCUCUAGUUGCAUUACCCCCCACACACUUUUUUUUUUUUUGCUGUCCAGCACAUAAAGUAUUUUGACAAUCAUACCCCUACAAUUCUUCUUGAAUGAUUGCAGACUCCAGGUUGUGGUUGUUAUAAAGACGCUUUGUUUUUGGAUGGUUUAAUUGAUGAUCUGUUCACAGGAAACCGCUCACUGCAAACACAGCUUUUCGUGUUUGUUUUAAAAAAUUUUUACAAUAUUUAUUUUCUUUCUCGCCCCUUUCUCUGUGCCCAUGACAGCCAUGUCUGAUCUCUGCCGUCUCUGCUCCUCUCCUCUCCGUGGUUCACGCCGCAAGUGGCUGUUUGGUGGCUCUGGCUCCGACUCCCUCCCUGUGCUGUUUUCUCGUGUUUUGGGUUCUCCUGUUACACGUACCCAGUCAGGAUCCUCCCACCGACACAGCAGAGGCAGAGACAAACCAGAAGAUUGUGAAUUUAUCUGUGGCAAGUGCUGUCAUUCGCUCAAUGUGUAUCAUCGAUAUGAUCAGGUAAUGUCUCGAAUGCGCCAUCUUUAUGAGCAACGUUCUGCCCGCCUUCUCAAUGAGCGAGAAAAGCUCUCCUAUACCCUUCGCAGAAUCCAUGCCAAGGCCUGGAACCUCCCUCUUCCUGAUUAUCAAGAGUACAUUAAUGAGUGCAAGACACCUACCUAUGGUUCAUAUUGUGAUCUUCGCUCUUUAGGACGGCAUGGAUCCCGACACGGUUCAAUUUCUCCCGGGUACCAGAAUUUAUGCCCUGAUUCUCCAUUCCCUGAUCAAGAGAUCUCUUUCAAUGGCUCAUUUCGAUCUCUUUCUGGGUCUCAGUCAAAGUCCUACCAGCAACUGCUGGACAAAGACCGCUUAUCGUGGGAGCAUGAGAGUUGGUGGGAAGAUAGGGGAGAUACUUGCUUUCGAUGCAUCAAGGGAGACAAGUGUCACUCCUGCUCAUCAUGGAGGGUUCCAGAUGCAAAUUACGAGACGGUAUGCACUGUGCCUCGGCGUAAGAAGCAUAGCAGGGGAGAAGAAGGACUAUGUUGCAGCGCCGGUCUACUGCGUAGCAAAUCACUGGGUAGCGUUGGUGGUGGUAGCAGCAGAGGUUCCCUUUUGUCAUUCUCCACGUCCUCGCUAGAGGCUCUGUCUAUAACAGGAGAGGAAGAAGCUGGAGUGUUUUCAGAGCCUCAUUCACCCGUGACAUCACCACCUCCCUCUUCUCUCUCUACUAAGCCUAUGGUGGUGGAGGAGGCAUUAAAGAGCCUGAAGGAGAUAAAGUAUAGCGCCGUGAUCAGUCCACGCCACAGCAUGAUACCUGUGAAGAGAAGGGGACCAUUAGGAUCAGGAGCAGAAGAUGGAAGAAGAAAGAUGGAAGAAGAGAGUAAAAUAGAAGUACCGUUGGUUGAAAUAACAGAAGAUUAUGACACGUUCAUGGGAAUUGGAUCAGAGGUAGGUUGGCUCAAAUUCUUUAACUCCUGUAUUUGCUAGUUCCUACUGACUUUAAAACUGGCCUAUGAUUAGAUUUUUAUUGACGAUAAACUGAUUUCAAAUGUUGGAAUUGUGGAAAUUUAAUGUUUUUCAUCUUUGCCAUUUUGGCUUGAAGCUUAGAAUUCCUUUCUCAGUUGACCUUCUAAUAUAGCCGUUAUCCAUAGAGGUAGUCCUGUGUUUUGCAGUUCUUCCACUUUCUCCUUACUAUUGAUCAUAUUUUGUUAUUGGUUUAUUCUCACUGUCCCCCCUUCUUUUUUUCUUUCGUGUCCUUUCCUCUAUUCUCUUUCCUUUUUUUUUUCUCUCUCUCUCUCUUCCAUUCAUUAUUGAUCUGUCUUUUCUCCGCCUUUUAUAUAGACCUCUUUGAUUUUCUAUUUUAUUCAAAAACUCCACUCUCUGGUCUUUCCCAUUUUUUUUCUACCUCUCCUCUCGGACACUCCUCACUUGUGCAAUCUCUAUCCUUCUUCCCCAAACUCACCACAUUCUCCUGUCGGUCCAUCAUAUCACACUGUAGAUCUGCCAGACGCAUGUCAGUCGGAUUCAGGAAACACUGAAGUGGUUACAGACCCAGCUACAGGCAGCCCAUCCCAAUGAGGACACAAAUGGGCGAAAGGUAACCGCUGGAAUAACUCCUCUCUAUCUACUGCCCUUUAACCCUUUGAGGUUUAUGGAGAAGCUGUCAGCCUUUUCUUAAAGGAGUCUUUUGAUAAACUAUAGGCUGUAUGGCCAUCAUGAGUGUGUGUUAGAGGGUUGGAAACAAUCUGCUCAAUAGAGGGCAAUAGAUUUGGCUAUCCCCUAAUAUGUUCAGUUAUUAUUUAAUGGAGAUCACUAUAGUUUCUGUCUCCUAGGAUCAGCUCACGGACCAGCAGGAUCUAGUUCGGGAACUGAUGAAGAGCUUGCAAUUCAAGGAAGGGGUCCUCGAGGUAAGUACAGGAGUGCUGUAAAUAGACUGACAUCGCUCAGCUGAUCGAGUUCCCGGUCCAAUAUCCUGUAUUUUGAUUCAUAGCCUGGUCAGUUCAAACUUUCAUUCUUCCUAGGUCAAUAUAGUGAAUAUCAGUAAGUUGGAUAAUAAUAUUAUAAUCUCAGGAUUUACUUGGAGUACUAACAAGUUACAUUUAUUAUUUUACUAUAUGCAAUAUAUAUUUCUCACUGGAAUUUCACCUUCAGGACUGCCUGACCUUGCUGUUGACACUGCCGGUGGCCUCGGACGCCCCUGGUGACACUGUGAUGACCUUCAUUGAGAAGUUAAAUGAGAGAGAACAGGCAUUAAAGGUAACAGCAGUAAUGAUGUAAUUAUGCAAAAUGUCAAAUUUUUAAAAUUUGCAUAUUUCUUUAAUGCUGUAUAUUUCAAAAACUGUUUGGGUCUGCACCCAAAGACUCUUUCCACCAUAACCACUAUAAGCUGUGAGGGUUAUGAUGCCCCCUUUAAGUUCAUGCUGUAUUUAAAAAAAAAAAAAAAAAAAAAAAAUGAACUGAAACUUGACAUAUUUAUUCUUAUUUUGUGCUCGUUAUGAAGAAUUAGAUUUUUUUUUACUUUUAUUUACCGAAGAGGCUGUAUCAAGCAGGAAGAGGCCAUUGGUUUGUAUCACUCUGGAUGUUCAUGGUAACUGACCAGUAGUUGCAGCCAAGCUGAAUUUUGAUUGGCUGAAAACUCCAGGUAGUGAAUCAAACUCAGUUGGGUGUUCAUGUAGGUCAGUUAACUCCCUAAUUUUCCCCACCUCUAGGGUACACCAAAAUUGGAGAGCUUAUUGGAGAAAUUAAAUCAUAACAGGCCAAAUAUCCAACUUGUGAAAAUAAAUAUCUGAAUUUGUCACUGAGCUAUUCAUUCAGAUUAAACAUUUAUAUAAAAGGGACACUAUAGUCCCCAAAACAACUUUAGCAUAAUGAAGCCGUUUUAGUGUAUAGAUCAUGCCCUGCAGUCUCACUCCUCAAUUCUCUGCCAUUUAGGAGUCAAAUCACUUUUGUUUCUGUUUAUACACGCCUAGCCACACCACCUCUGGCUGUGACACACACAGCUUGCAUGAAAAAAGUUUCAUAUUCACUCAGAUCUUACUGCAUAGUUUGUUUACUUUAGACGUUUCUGUAAAUUGAACUUUAAUUACACACCGGAGGAGGGACAUGUAGGCUCCAGCAGGCUAUUAAUUUAGAUAAGGAGAUAUUAAAUCGUAAAUUAAACAUUCUGUGCUAAAAAGGAAGUUUAAAAAUUAGAUUUUUCUUAACAGGAAAUAUGUAGAGAAGCCGUAUAAGUCACAGCUAGGGGAGGGGUGGCUAGGCUGCAUUAACAAAGUGAUUGAACUCUUGAAUGGCAGAGAACUGAGCAGUGAGACUGCAGGGGCAUGGUAUAUACACUAAAACGACUUCAGUAAGUUAAGGUUGUUUUGGUGAGAUUUGUAGUGUCCAUUUCAGGCAUUACUGAUCUUUAACCCACACGUGUCUGUUAUGAGCAGAAGGAAUGGAGUGAUUUGGCUGAGAACAAGCAGAAUAGAGACGCUGAAACCAAGCGGCUGCGGCUGGAACUGGCCCAAAGGCAAGAGGACCUGGAACGACUGGCCCGGAUCCUGCGUGAGAACCAAGAUACAAUCACAGUGAGUGGGUUCUAUGGUCAGAGGUUAGAUAGGAAGUAGGAAUGUGAACCUUUAACCCCUUAAGGACACAUGACAUGUGUGACAUGUCAUGAUUCCCUUUUAUUCCAGAAGCUUGGUCCUUAAGGGGUUAAAGGUGCGUGGAAGAAAUUACUAUAAAAAAAAAAAAAAAAAAGAACAGGAUUAGUAGUGGAAUAGCAGAGAUGGGCCAGAUAAAAGGAUGUAGUAUUAGAGCUGGGUGUUACAGGAAUAGCAGAAUGUGCCAGGUAGUGUGGGUGCAGUGUUGGAGCUGGUAUUAGUAUGGGAAUAGUAGUGUAUGGCUGCAGGAAUAGCAGAGUAUAGCUGUGACAGGGUGGAUGUAGUGUUGGAGCUUGUGUUAGUGCAGGAUUUGUGGCUGGUAGGAUGCACGUGCUUGGUGAAGGACACGGUUGUGUAAGAAUAACUGAAGAAGUUUCAGUGAAUUGUCUACUCACCCCCCCAGGCUCUGCGUGAUCACCUGGGAGAGAAGGAUUUCACUAUCCAGCAAUUGGAGGUGGCAUUAGAUUCUGCUGUGCGGUCAGCUGCCUCUCAGGAUGCCCUACGCCUCUCUGCACUGCGGGAAAAAGACGCCCUGAUCUCCUCAAUGCAGGGAGUGCUGAGCAGCAGUAAUCAGGAUGUGGAGGUAAGUACCUGAUGUAGUACUGACUGUAAUGUUAAAUGAACAGCAAGCUUUCAACUUUCUUUAUCUUCUUCUCGAUGUUCCUAUAUGGACUAUCCUUCUCUAUUCCCAGGCCCUGGCAGAUUCUCUACUUUCCCAAGGCUUGGAUGACCUCGGUGGGUCCAUCCCUGGCACCUCAUCCUCUAGCCCGCUCAUCACCCAGCUGCAGGAGAAGGGACGGCUCUUGUCCCAGGCCCAGACUGACAAUCAGAAGCAGAGUGUGCAACAUCAGAAGGACAUCCAGGAUCUGCUCAAUGCUCUGAAUGAAAGCCAGACUCUCCUCCAGGUUAGUCUCACUCGCAGAAUGAAACCUCCCUCCAGGUUAGUCUCACUCGCAGAAUGAAACCUCCCUCCAGGUUAGUCUCACUCGCAGAAUGAAACCUCCCUCCAGGUUAGUCUCACUCGCAGAAUGAAACCUCUCUCCAGGUUAGUCUCACUCGCAGAAUGAAACCUCCCUCCAGGUUAGUCUCACUCGCAGAAUGAAACCUCCCUCCAGGUUAGUCUCACUCGCAGAAUGAAACCUCCCUCCAGGUUAGUCUCACUCGCAGAAUGAAACCUCCCUCCAGGUUAGUCCCACUCGCAGAAUGAAACCUCCCUCCAGGUUAGUCCCACUCGCAGAAUGAAACCUCCCUCCAGGUUAGUCUCCCUCGCAGAAUGAAACCUCCCUCCAGGUUAGUCUCACUCGCAGAAUGAAACCUCCCUCCAGGUUAGUCUCACUCGCAGAAUGAAACCUCCCUCCAGGUUAGUCUCACUCGCAGAAUGAAACCUCCCUCCAGGUUAGUCUCCCUCGCAGAAUGAAACCUCCCUCCAGGUUAGUCUCACUCGCAGAAUGAAACCUCCCUCCAGGUUAGUCUCCCUCGCAGAAUGAAACCUCCCUCCAGGUUAGUCUCACUCGCAGAAUGACAGUCAGACCUCCCUCCUGUUAUGACCAGUAUACAGUAUAGCUGAGGUAAGGGUUACUGCAGAACCCAGAGAAAAUCAAAAUACAAACUUUUCCUGUUGUGCUGCUGACACCUCCCUCUGCAGCUCCAAGCAGAAAAUAGAAAAAAUGAGGGCAGCGCAAACAAUUGGAAUGUGCUACAAAAAGAGUUAUUUACAAGGAUGUAAAGUAUAAAGAUUUUGGGUUCUCCUCCAAGGACAUGCAUUGAUAAAGGGGAUAACCCGAAACGGUUCUACUUUACGUCCUUGUGAAUAAAUCUUUUUGUAGCACAUUUGCAAUUGUUUGCGCUGCCCUCAUUUUUUUUUUCUUCUAUGUUUGUAAACCUUCCUCCAGGUUAGUCUCACUCAAAUGAAAGUCUCUUUAUUUUUUUUUUAUUUUUUUUUGUGUGCCUGUUGUAACUAUAUUUGAUGUGUUCUGCAUUUUGCAAUGUUUUUGGUGCUUUAUGAACAGAUACCAAUAAUUUCACUUGUCUGAGUUACUGGCUGGGAAUGUGUAAUACCUUAUGUAGACGAAAAUGUGCAGAUUUCCCAUAAUGCACUUGACUAGAGCAUCAUAUAUUUAGUGGUUAGUUUUUCCCAUAUUCUAGCCAUUUCUUUGUGAAUUCUAUGAAAAUUUGGAAGGGUUCACUGUGUGAUUUAACACAUUCCAGGAGCAGCUGCGAUACUGUAAGGGGCGGCUUCAGGCCGGGGAGCUGGAACAGAAGAGGCUGCGUGAGGCUCUGCGCGGGCAGGAGGCAGAGCUCAGGACGGAGAAGCAGAGACACACUGCCGACAUGUAUCAAGCUCACACAGAGCUGGUCCAGCUCCACGGAGCCACCCAAGAGCGAGAUAAGAUUACUCAGGUGAUACAAGCACUCGCAGAGCAUUUCUCCCUGUUAACCCCUACCAUGCCAGGCUUGUCAGUGCACUCUAAUCUUCCAUUAAUCAUUAAUAGACUAGAGCUCUCACAGAUCAUCUGUCCAGGAGAAACAGCUCUGUUAAUCCUCCUACCAAGAAAUGUCACAAUGUUCACACAUUCCAUGACAGAAUCUGUGACAGGCUCAUUCAUUUUUCUUUUUCCCCACAAUUAGAAGCUGCUUCAGGAAGCUCAGAGCAGAGACCAGAUCAUCAAAAGACUGCAGGAGAGACUGAGCCAAGGCGGGGGCAUGAGGGACACUCUGUGAGGGUAAGGCUGGUUUAAAAUUUGCAUUGCAUUUUUGCGUAAUAUGGGAAGUGGAUAUUGCCUGGGCGCAUGUGAUAAUGCAGUCUGACAUUGCCUGGGGGAGGGGGGGUGGUAUGAAAGGAAGCUGGCAUUGCCUGGUUGGAUGUGGAAUGAAAGGAGGCUGGCAUUGCCAGGUUGGAUGUGGAAUGAAAGGAGGCUGGCAUUUUCCAUAGAAUGAGAAGACGAUGCUGCCUGUAUAUUAGGUGUGAUUCAAGGCUGGCUUUGCUGGUUAUGUAGUAUAAUUGGAGGAGGGGUUGUCUGUAUCUGGUAUAAUUAGAAUGGAAUGUUUGAAUAAGUAUGACAAAGAAUAAAAUAAGGGUUGGUAUUAUCUGGGUAUGUAAAGGGGACUUUGAAUAACCACUUCCCUUCAUUCGUUCUCUCUUACAGAUUUCUAUUGUCACGCAAUCUUCUGAUUCGUAUUCCACUGGGAUCAAAUAAAAUACGUUUACAUAUUCAUGAAGCUUUGAUAAUAUGCCCCCCCCCACGAUACCAAUCGGGGGUCAAUGUGCGUUUUAGUGUCAAAUGGCCAUCUAUGCAAGGAUCUUAUUACCAUAACAUACAAUAUUUUAUACACAAUCUGGAACACGGAUUCAUGUUUAGGGCAUGUGUCAUUGUAGAGUGGGCUGUAAGUGGAUACAACGUCUAAGGAAUCCGUAUAGAAUUUUAUUUUUAUAUGAGAAUAUUCAUACCCUUGUAUACGAUAAAAAUCACAUUCAUUUUCUUGCCAGUCUCUAAGGUUCCCUACAUAUUCCAUCCUGCAAAGUGCAUUUUCUAUAUUCCCCACUUAAAGAUCUGUUACCCAAUGGCUGGUUCUAAUUUAACUUUAGCAUCAGCACAGCCAGCUUAGGGUUAAAUCUUACAUGCAAAUGUUUGUAUUUUAAGACGUUUUAAUAGCUUUUACCGUGUGUGUUCUGUUAUUUUGCUGAAUGCAGGUAUGCGACAGGGUUAUGGGACCAAUAAAAUGACUUGUGUAUAUUUAAUUAAUGCUCUAAAAACCAUGCUUCCCAAUGCAGUGCAAGACACAGACAGUCAGGGGUUUUCCAAAUCCAUUCUAACAGCGAUAGCAAUAACCUGUUUGAAUGCCUUGAGUUGGGAACCACUGCUCUAUUGCCUUCCUGCUGGGAACCAAAAAGGUUUGAGAUCUGUAGUAUAAAUUAGACAUCAAACUUCAGAGAGAUGUGUCUGUGCAGGCUCUCCCAUUGAAAUAAACAGCAUGUCUUAGUAGUGUUUGUAUAUAUUGGGUGUUCCAAACACUACUAACACACAUUCUUAUAGCAUUUCCAUGAAGAUGUAGAUUGUUGAUUUCUAGUCUUGGCACUGCAGCUAUGAUUGAAGUACCCCUACCUGGCCACUAGCUGGUGGAGCAUUUUGGGAGGUUUAGUUACUUAAAGAGGAAAUUAGUUUACAUCCAUAAAAUACAGUUCUUGAGCAAAAUGUUAAAAGUGGAGCUUCUGGCAGGAACAUGUAAACUCCUCCAUGUUACGAGCCAGAACUGAUCUUUAGCCCAUCCAGUGUUACAGCAAUACAGCCCACGUACACUGCGGUGAUUAUAAUCCUCGUUACUAAUAAUUAUCUGUCACACUCUGACCACUUCAUUGAAGUAUUUAGAUAAUGGGUCAGUGUUUUAUUAGAAUUACGAGAAAAUAGCACUAUUUCAUAUCAUUUUAUUUCUGCUGUUAAAUAAUCAAUCCUGCCUUAAUUAAUUACUACCUUAUAGGGUGUAGGGGCUUAUGCUGGGAAUCUGAUAUUUUACAUACUGCCCAUGGAAAUGGGCACAGCCAGGGUACUGCCAAAUACCCUCUGCUUGUUACUGCCACACGUGCUCAGUAGUACUGCCACUGUUUAUUAGGGUGUAACCUCAUGAAUGAAUGUUUCUGGGAUUUAAUUAACUAUGCCAAUAAAUAUAGGAAUUUAAUUACUUACAUUGUGUCAUCUGUGGAUAUAGUGUAACCGUCAGAGUAAUUUGCUGAACUUGGAAUAUAUGUGGGAUUAGUUUAAAAUGUACAAUUACCUUCCAUUCUUCAAACAUUUCCAGCUGAGUGAGUGACACCACGAAUAAUCACCAGUUAAUAAUUUCUACAUACAAACCAGACCGGGAACAUGUACAGACAGUGACUGCGUAUGGGUAUAUACGAGGUGGAAAGAUUUACAAUAGGACCAAAGGAAGCCAUUUAUGCAACUAAUAUGUAAAUACAUUCCCUACGGUUUAAACCAUUACUACACCGCUAUGUCAUACUCACACACACCCUUUGUGAGUUUUAUUGCUGUGGAGCUCUGAUACACUGAAAUGCUGCACAUUACUGUGAGUUUUAUUGCUGUGGAGCUCUGAUACACUGAAAUGCUGCACAUUACUGUGAAGCUUAUGGCUGUAGAGCUCUGUUACGUUGUCAAUGCACAUUAAUGGGACCUUUUACGUCUGUGGAGCUCUGAUCUAUGCUCCCAAUUACUGUAAAGCUCUGAUACAGUGUUUUCUGAUGAUACGCAUCACUAUGUACACACUGGGAGCUUUUUAUUGCAGUGCUAGAGGAAAAAAAAAAAAAAAGGUUAAAUGAACGUCUCUGCUCUCUACAAACGGAGUUGGCUUAACAGUAAUUAAGUAAACAAUACACACAUUUCUAAAUGAUAAAAGCUGGCUACUGCCAGGAUAGAUUCCUUGCUGCUACCUACAUUCGGAUUCCUUUUCCCUCAUCUCACCUUAUAGCGGACAGCAUCAUGUGACUUCCACAUUGUAAUUAAUAUCUCUGUAUGUACACAGUAUGGUCAAAUCAGAAAGCAGAACAAUAUCAUUAAUGAACC